GGGUGCGUUCAGACAACUCAACUGUUGCGCGAUUGCUCAGUGAGCGGAAAGUAAGCAAGAAAUAUUAUUCUGAACGGCUUCUUUUGGCUGCGUUCAGAGUGUGACAUGUUACAUUAUUAACAUAACCAAAACCUGAAUAACUAACCACUACUCAAUAACUAACCACUUUUUAAAAGAAAAAGUAUUUAUUGAGCAUUGUAAAGAGUGCUUAAUAUUAAUACAUAUCGUAAUAAUAAUGAAUUUCAACAAUCUGAUACUUGCCGAAUUAUUAGAUGAUGAUAUUGUACAAAUAAAUUUUAUUAAAUUGUUAAUUGAAGAAGAGUUAAAUCAGUUACUACUGCCAAAUAAUUUAGACAAACGUGGCAUACGACAGAAAAAUGAAAAUUAUUACGAAGAAAUAGUUCCAUUAUAUAGUACCUCUUUAUUUAAAGAACAUUUCAGGAUGUCUCGAACAGCUAUAGAUGAAUUAGUAAAUAUAAUUGGUAAUGCUAUGAUAAAAAAUCAAAAUCAACCAGUUGAUUUGACGAAAAAAGUAUUGUUCACAAUUUGGAUUUUAGCAAAACAAGAAAGUUAUUUGGCAGCAGGCGACAGAUUCAAUAUAGCUAAAAGCACAGGACACAGUAUAGUGAAAGAAAUUGUUUCAGUAUUAACUAAUUUAAUACCUAAUUUUAUUGUAUGGCCAGAUAUGAACAAGUGCAACAUAUCAUCUAGUGUUUUCCAACAGCGUUCCAAUGGUUUUCCAGGUGUCAUAGGUGCAAUCGACGGCUGUCAUAUACAAUGUAAAGCACCUGCUCAUAAUGCCAAUGAUUUUUAUAAUAGAAAAGGAUUCCAUUCUAUUAUUUUGCAAGGUGUAUGUGAUCACAAAGCGCGUUUUAUUAAUAUAUUUAUUGGAUUACCAGGACGAAUGCAUGACUCUUGUGUUUUUAGAUACAGUACUUUAUAUAGACAAAUGAGAAAUACAGAACAGCCUGUAUUACCGCCACAACUACAUCUAAUUGCAGAUGCAGCAUAUCCUCUAUUAAUUAACUUAAUGACACCGUUUCGAGAUACGGGUCAUUUGAGUAAAGAGCAACUAUUGUAUAAUACAAAACUGUCUUGUAUUCGUAGCAUAAUUGAAAGAACCUUUGGGUUUUUGAAAGGAAAAUUUCGGAGACUUCGUUACUUAGACAUUAAUGAUUUCGAACUUGGUCAAAAAAUGAUUGGAGCUGCGUGUGUGUUACACAAUUUUAUGAUUGACAAAGAAGAACUCAAUAUCGAAGAAGACAGAGAUAUAGAAAAUGAAAUAUUAUUAAACAUUGCUGAUAAUGAGUAUCCAGAUGUAAGGAAUGCUAUGGCAAUCGCAAAACGGAAUAACAUAAUGUAUCAGAUGAGAUAA